AUGGCCGGGCAAAAGAGACGGCACGACGGCAUGGAAAUCGAUGCCCAACAGUCCUCAUCGCCAUACAUCUCGAUAUUCGAAACUUUUCGGACAGAGUUGGACGAACACCAUGAUCGAAGAGAGAGGAUCAUCAAAGUAUCGCGAGACGUCACGGCACAGAGCAAGAAGAUAAUCUUCGCAUUACAAAGAGUCCGCGAAAUCAACCGGCCGAUCCACGCCGGCAUCUCCAAAACCACGACGCCAAUGUACGCCACGAUCCGCCAGCUGCUGCAGUCCAUCGUCCCCGACCUGCAGGGCCUGAACGCCCAGCGGUACAGGGGGAACAUCUCCGGCGGGAUCCAGGAGUACAUGGAAGCCGUCCUGUUCCACCAUUACCUCGAGCACCGGACGCUGAUGGGCUUCGAAGACGCGCAGGGACACCUGCCCGAGGGCGUGCUGCUCACGUACGAGGACUACGCGCUCGGCGUGUUCGACAUGACGGGCGAACUGAUGCGGUUCGCCGUCACGUACCUCGCGACCAACGGACGACUGCCUGGCGUCGGCGGCGGCGGCGGCGGCGACGACGACCAGCGGGACGGGUCGAUCCUGGCUGACCUGCAGCGUCUGAGGAGCGAGUUGGAGCAACUGGAUGCGAGUGGCAGUUAUUCCCUCAACAAGGAGUUUGCGAUGAAGAUGAAGACCACGAGGGCCAGUGUGGAAAAGGUCGAGAACGGCGUGUACAGCAUGAUUGUCCGCGGGAAGGAGAGGCCAAAGGGGUGGAGACCGGAUCUAGGUGAGGAUCGAGAUAGGACCGAGGUCGAGAGUUAUUGA